AUGGACUCCCCUCUGAUGCUGAAGACGUAUCCGCUGAUGAGGCACGACUCGAUGCAGUUCACCCCGCCGACGGCUUCGGACUCGGCUUUGGAACUGCUCAUCUUUAUCUUGGAUCAUCCGCUCUUCUCCACCCUCAUGAUCGCUGCUACCGUCUGGGCCCUCUUUGCCGACGACUUUGCUCGUCUCCUCCUGCCAAAGUCUGUCGAUGUGGCCUUUCUUAUCGUCACCACGGUCGUCUUUGGCUUGUUUGUCUUUGAGCUCGUCGGCAACUCGUUUGCUCAUGCUGACGAGUACUUUUGGUUCUACUUUCUUCUCGACCUCCUUGCCGCCCUCUCGCUGGUUCCAGACGUGCUGCUGCUGGCCGGCAUCGAGCUGACCUCGUCCGAGUCACAGACAGGCGCAUCAUCGCUGGCGGUGGCGCGAGCGGGGCGUGCGGCGCGAGCGGCAGCGCGGGCCGCCCGGUUUGUGCGCGUCGUCAAGCUGCUGCAGGCCAUCCGCCGUCGUCGGGCCAAGCUCGACGCAGCCAUGGACGAGGAAGACCGACUGCUGAUGAAGGAGCUCGAGGAGGAAGAGCACCGGCGGCAGGCGGUGGCGGCGGCAGCGGCGUCGCGGCUCUCAGGCGGGCCGUCGAUCAGGCUUGGCCGCUUUGGCUCGGGUAGCUCGGACGAGGGCUCCGGAAGCGGGAGCGGGAGUGGCAGCGGAAGUGGGAGUGGGAGCGGGCGGGCGUCGUCGCGCGACUCGUCCGAGCUCGGCAGCGACGGCGAUGGUGAUGGUGGCGGCGACGACGGCCUGCGCUCGCUGGAAGACGGCAUGUUUGGCUCCGAGUCACCGGGCAUCCAGCGGACGGCAUCGCUGUUUGGUGGCGCCUCCGAGUGGGGCGCCGAGCUCGACGACGAGGCGCUCUCUGUCUUUGAGGGCUCCAGGCGGGGGUCGGACGGGUCGGACGGUGGCGACGAGUCGAGUACAGAGUCGGACGAGGUCAACUUUGUGGAGGAGGAGCUGAUGGAGCCGUCGCGUGUCGGGCAGCUGCUCAACGACCUGACGACCAAGAAGGUCAUUGUUCUUGUCCUUGUCAUGCUCCUGGUCUUCUCGCUCCUCAAUCUCUCGCCGACCAACACGCUGCAGGGCAUUGUGUCGCUGACGCAGCUCGAAGCGCUUGCGCUGCGCAACGCGACGUCUGGCGGGGCAUACCAGGCCGUGCUGGCGUUGUACGUCUCGAUGCACAGCGACCUCGUGCGACUGGAGGUGGCCGGCACGCCGGUGCUACACUACGUGACGCGAGUCGACGAGUUGCGCAACUUUGAGCUGACCAAGGUCCGGUCGGACUCGGGGUACUCGCUGGCGUGGUUUGACGACAAGGGCGACUCGCAACUCGAUGCUUUGCUCAACAUGUCGAUGACAUUUUUCAUCAUCCUCGUUCUCUCGGUAGGCAACUGGAUGCUGUCUAAGGAUGCACAAUCGCUGGUCAUCGGGCCAAUCGAGCGGAUGACGGCCAUCACCAAGCGGCUGGCGCAGAACCCCCUGACGACGCUCAAUGUGAAGAAGAAGGACGAACUCGAGACGUCGUUGCUGGAGGGCAUGCUCUCCAAGAUCGGCUCGCUGCUGCAGAUCGGGUUUGGCGAGUCGGGCGCCAAGAUCAUCUCGUACAACCUGAAGGAGAACGGCGAGAUCGACCCGAUGGUUCCCGGACGCAAGGUCGAGGCCAUCUUUGUCCACUGCGAAGUGCCCAAGUUUGGCGACGUGACCGAGGUGCUGCAGGAGGACGCCAUCCUGUUUGUCAAUCUCAUCUGCGACAUGCUUCACUCUGCGGCAGCGGCGCACGGCGGCUUCCCGUCACGGAACUCGGGCUCGUCGUUUGGCCUCGUGUGGCGGCUACCGUCCGAGGAGGAGACGACGCCCGAAGCCUACCUCGGUGACCUUCAGGCUGUGGCCGGCUCGGUCAUUGCCGCACUCGAGUCUGUGCUUGACGCCGUGGCCGAGUCGGAGACGCUCCGGGUCCUCCUCGAGCGCGUGGCGCGGUACAAGGUCAAGCUUGCAUUUGGCGUCCACGUCGGAUGGGCCAUCGUCGGCGCGCUCGGCUCGCGGAGCAAGGUUGAUGCGUCGUACAUCUCGCCGCACGUCGAGCUGGCAUCGGCGCUGGUCUCAGUCGGCCGCCCGAUGAAGCUACCCAUUGUCUUCUCACACAACUUUGCCGAGCUUCUCGCCGAGGAGCUCCUCGCCGACCGCGGCGUUAAGAUUGAUCGUGUCCUCUUUGGCGGUAUCAAGCAGCCGGUUCAGGUCUACGGCUUGCGGCGAGCCGAAGAGCGCGAUGUUGGGACCGAGGUCUUUACCGCCGCCGUCGACGAGUACCUCGGCGGGCGAUGGGAGACUGCCCGGUCGCUGCUCCAGCAGGCCCGCCAGGAGCUCCCAGACUCGGCGCCGCCGUCGACCCUCUCGGGUCCCAUCCGCUUCCUCAUGCGCUUUAUCGAAAAGUACGACUUUCGCGCACCCGACGCCUGGCGCGGCUUCCGCAAGGCUGCCUGGGCAUAGCCGCCGCCGUCAGUCGGCGUGCGGCCGGCGCCCCGCAGCGCGGGAGCCG